CUCCUAAGCAUAUUCGUCAUCUUUUGUUGCCCCUAUCUUGCCCACGCGAAAGCCAAGCCCAGACCUCAUGUUAUAUUCAUCAUGUCGGACGACCACGGUUAUAGAGACAUUGGGUAUCACGGUUCCAAGUUUCCAACUCCAGUAAUGGAUGAAUUAGCAAGAGAGGGUGUGAAGCUGGAGAACUACUAUGUUCAGAGAGUUUGUACGCCAACCAGGGGUGAACUAUUGACAGGAAGAUAUUCAAUUCGAACUGGUCUACAACAUGGUGUUCUGGAGCCUGAUCAACCUGCUUGUCUACCACUCGACGAAAUCACCCUAGCACAGAAGUUGAAGGAAGCUGGGUACGCAACACAUUUAGUUGGUAAAUGGCAUCUUGGCCAUUACAAACACGAUUGUCUUCCCCACUAUAGGGGAUUCGACACAUUCUACGGUUUCUUACAAGGGGGUGAAUACUUCUUCUCGCAUGAUACACCAAAAGGGCAACUAGAUUUAAGACUGAAUGAUGAGCCAAUCUGGAAUGAAAACGGAACUUACUCAACUCAUUUAUUCACAGACAAAGCUAUCGACAUUAUAAACAAUCAUCCGGAUGAUGAGUCUCUUUUUCUAUUUCUUUCCUACCAAGCACCACACGCUCCACUGGAAGUCCCAGAAGAGUACAAGGAGCCGCUACGCGAUUUAUUCGAAGAUGAACGUCGCUUGACCUACGCCGCCAUGACAACCUGCAUGGACGAGGGUAUAAUAACAGAUAACGGUGGUGCAACUUGGGGUGCGGCUUCUAAUUGGCCACUUCGCGGAUAUAAGAAAGGCCUGUUUGAGGGCGGCAUUCGAGCCGUUGGAUUUGUCAAUAGUCCAUUACUUUGUUCUAAAGUAAGAGGAACAGUGAACGAGCAACUCAUACAUGUCACAGAUUGGUUUCCAACAAUCCUCAAAGGCAUUGCAGGCGGCCGUCUGUCCGGAACAAAACCCCUGGAUGGCAUCAAUCAAUGGCCAACCAUAAGAAUUGGAUUCCCUACUUCAAGAAAAGAAAUCCUGCAUAACAUCGACCCAUUGGAAGUUACAGCUACGAGCACUUACACCGAUUCCCCUUUUAACGUCUCCAUUGAAGCAGCGAUUCGGGAAGGGGACUGGAAACUUCAUACAGGUGAAGAUGGAAUGGCUGGAUGGUAUGCUCCACCGGACACGUCACUGGAAACCGUCAACGGUGUUACUGGAAGCGACCAGGUCGUCUGGCUCUUCAAUAUAAAAAAUGACCCACUAGAAAAGAAUGACCUCUCCACAAAGCACCCUAAAGUUGUUAAGAAAUUGUUGAAGAAACUUGCAAAGUACCAAUCAGAGGCCGUCCCACCCUUGUAUCCCCCUCUUGUCCCGGAUCUCGCUAACCCUUGUACAAAUGGCAAUGAGUGCUUCUGGGGUCCAUGGGUCUAACCUAUAUAACAGCCUUAGGCUAUACAACAACUUUUUCAAUGUUUUUAUUUGUUCAAUAAAAUUGUUUCAUUUUUUUUGUGCAUUUAAUGAAACCUUCUGGGGCUCGAA